ACAAAUUUAAAUAUCAUGCAGGAAGAAACAGAGCAGCAGGUUCUCCAGAGAGUCGUCGAGGACAAGAAGCAACUCGACUUCACUCUUACCGUCAAAGGAGUCUUUGCUCUUCCUCAGGAGUGGAAAGACCAGAUUGCAGAUGAAGCCCAGCCUUCGUUCGAGUAUGAAGUCUGCACUCUCGGAAUGGCAAUCAAAGGGGGCAAAGUCAUCCCCAGAGAACUCACCGAACAAGAGAAAGAAGAAGCUGAAGCCAAUGCAAAGACCAAAGGAAAAGCUCCUCCUAAAGCCAAGAAAGAAGAAGAUAUUUCUCCCGAAGAGCAAGAACGACUUGACAAAGAAAGAGAGCAAAGGGAAGAACAAGAGAAGAAACUUCAAGAAGAAUGGGAUGCUCUUGAUGAAGAAACCAAGUUUUAUAGGACUCACGAAGACCCCUCCAAAGAGCCGAGCAUUCGGUUCCAGAUCGAAGUGGAAGACAAAGAAGACCCUCCAGCUCAGAAUGAUGAGGAACCCAAAGAAGAAGGCAAGGAAGACCAACAUGAAGAAGAAGCAGAGCCUAAAACACACAUGGAGGAUAUUUCAGUCACUGAGACCAAGAAGGCAGAUGCAUUGGCAGAGCUUGAAGAGUGAGUCAGAUCAGAAGAAGGAUGAUGGAUAUAUUUUAACAAAGUCCUUCCUAAAGAAGAUGAUGAAGCCCAAGAUCCUAAAAAGAAAGCUAAAGGCAAAGGAGCACCAGCAGAGGAAGCAAAACCCACUUUUGGAAGAGCCUGGCUUGACUUAACAAACUUCAAAGAGCCAGGCGAGACCAAAGUUUCAACAAAAAUAUUCCUCGAAACUGCUGAGGCUCCAAAGCCAAAGGUAGAAGAAGGCGAGGGAGACCAAGAGCCAGCGCCAGAAGCCAAUGAAGGAGAAGAACUCAAGGCUGAACUUGUCAAAGUUUUUGAAGAGCCAAGAACUUACAUGAUUCUUGAGGUUGAAAUAAGUGAGCCAUUUGUCCCAACUGCUGAAGACUUUGUGAUCCAAGCUUUGCCUCACGACCUCAUCAAGCCAAAGGUAGCUGCUAAGCCUCCUAAAGACCCAGAAGGCGACUUCAGAAAACAGCUUAGUCUGGCUAUCGAGUCGGUCAACAAAGAGUACCUCGGAAUGUUUGAAGAAGACCUACGCAGAGAAGGAAUCGGAGGCUGAACUGACGAAACAUUUGAAGCUAGGAAAGAACAGUUUCUCUACGACUUCAACACUUCAGGAAAAUAUCACACCAUGAAAGAAAAACUUAAGAAGUCGAUUGUCAGGAUAGUCAGAGACACUUACAAUAAAAAGAAGAGUUUCAAAGGACUCAAAAUGGAUGAUCGAGACCACUUCUACUCCACAAUGUACUCUCACUUAGUCAGCCAAAUUCAGAUAUGUCUUUCAGGAAUGGUCAGUAGUAGAAAAGACAUUCUUCACGAGAAUGUGCUCGUCAGAGACAGACAACUUUCAGAGAAAGAAGUAGAAAUAUUGAUCAACCUUAAGACCAAGGAGACUGAAGAUGAGAAACUAGCGAGACUGGCCCAAGAAUACGAAGAACAGGGAAACCUUGAGAAAGCCCACAGAUACAUCGAAGAGAGAAUUAAGAACCAGCCCGAUUCCAUCGACUUGUGGAGAUCUUACGGAUUAUUCAUGAUAAGGAACUAUUGAGAUCUUACCAAGGCAGAAGAGUGCAUCCGUGAGGCCAUCAACUUGUGCGAUGAGAACGAUGACGACAUCUUCCUUGUGUAUGGGGCUUUAAUGGUUCAGUUGAAGGAGAAAGAGAAGGCCCUCAUAUUUUUGAAGAAGGUUGGCCAGGAAGAAGACAACCCUCAGUCAUAUAUCAGAGCUCAGCUCUUAAUGUCUUUACUAUACCAUAAUCUCGAAGAUGAAGACAUGAAGGCAAAACACUUUUCGCUGGCUUCGAGAAUGCACCUUAGAGAGAAAGGUGAACUAGCUCACAAAAAUACACUCAAAGAAAGUCCUCCAGAGCCAAGCACAAGCGAUUUUCAGCGUGUGUUGCCAACUCUUAAUGAAGAGCAAACUGACGAGCUUUACAUCGAUUUGAUAGAAUCAACUCUGAUCCCAGAAGGAAUCAACGAGUUGGCCAAUGGCGUGAUUUCUGUUCUCUCGGAUGAAGACUCUCCAAAAGUUACACUCCUCAAAGCCAAGAUUUUAUUCGGUGAGAGAAAGUUUGAAGAAGCUCUAGAAAUCAUUGAGGAAUAUCUCGACGAAAAUAAGUUCGAUGUUGCAGCUAUCAGACUCUUUGCUGACACUUAUUAUGAGCUACAGAAAUACGAAGAAAGUGAGAAAGCCUAUCUUAGAGCUGUCCGAAGAGGAGACAAAGACCCGGCUGUUAAGAAGAAGCUGGGUCUUAUCUACAUUCACCUUAAAAAGUGGAGAGAAGCUCUCACAGUUUUCACAGAAUACUGAAAUGAGAUCGACCCGAAAUGAGCUUAUGCAUGGAGGUACUUAGGAAUGAGUGGGUGGAAGUUGAGAGUGAUUGACGGAGCUGACUCUGCAUUCUAUUUCUCAAACCUUCUUGACAACACCAACCCUGACACUUGGGGACUUUUGACAGUAAUCUGCCUCAUCACUGGAGUCGCCCAGAACCGGGCAUUCCAGACUUAUCAAAAAGCAAUCAGACUGGGCCUCGAUAACUCAGAAGUGUUCUCUGAGCUAGCUUACUUGCUUACUAAAACAGAGAGAACUCACAGAGAUGCUGAAUACUGAUUUGACAAAGCUCUGAAGCUUGACCCUGCUCAAGAAGAUUUGUGGCUCAAAUAUGCUGAGUUCUCGGAACUCAAAGGUGACUUAGUCAAAACCAUGUCUUGCUACGAGAACGCGUUGAAAUAUAUCAAAGGCGAAGUCAAAGAGAGAGAAACUAAUGAGAAGCUGGAUAAAAUCAGAGACAAGCACGACCUUCAGAAGAAGUCGAUGCUUAUUCAGAUGAGAAAUGAAGCCCACGAGCUCAACAGAGUUGGCACUCAUUGCUAGAGAAUUCAAUUAAUGAA